CAAUGUAUCAUGAUCUCAAUACAAAAAUGUCGAAAACCGCAUGAAAAUUGACCCACUGUGGACGACGGUAUAGCCUGUCAAUCAUCGCUGUUUGCACCUGUCGGUAAAAGCCAAUCAGGACGUGGCUAAUAUGUGUGUAGUCGUACACACGGAAUCGUGACGUCACAAGGUGAACACUCAAGAUGGAAGCUUACAGCGAUUACACUAGCGACGGGUCAGAAGCAAGAUGCGAUUCAUUUUCCGAUACAGAUUGUGAUUUGAAUAUGGGAUAUUCCUCUUCGGAUGUCGAACCAGACCAUUCAGAAGGGAUACGACCGUAUCAGUUUGAACCAGAAGUUGGAAGCGACGAAGAUCUCGAGAAUGAUCCGCAACCGGCAACCGAAGACCGCUUGGGGUCGACCGACUGGUGCCAAUGUGAAAACUGUCACGAGAUGCCAACAGCUACAGAAUGCAUCUGCUGUGCUGAAAUAUUGCAGAUUCAACACAUCAGAGGCGAAAUCCCAGAUUUGAAAUGUAUCACACAACAUCCUGGAUUUGCUCCAGUCUGCCUAAAUGUCUUUGUGCUACGAACAGCAUACCAUGCAUUUAGACAACACCACAAUGGCAACAUACCAGAAAGUCCAGCGCGAUAUAGGUACACCGCAUACAGACAGCUUGUUCGAUGGUGUUGGGGUUUUCUUGGGAGGAAUGUUCGAGUCCCACUUCCUGCCUGUGCAGUGCACGUCAUAAGACAGACUUUUCCAUGUCCUGAAGGAGAAAUAGUGACUGGCUUCAACUAUGGUGAUGAGUGACUUCAUUCACAACAGAAACGGGACUGUAGUGAAGCAAUAGCUUCCUGUUUUGAUGGACGGCAAAAUGUACUGCAUAAUGCAGGAGGCGGAUCCAUAAGGCUGUCCUGUGAGUUCUUCAUGGUAGUGGUUUUUACCCUUUCCAGUGUGCUUUGUAAUAGCUCAUGAACGUAACCUGUGAAUAAAGAUGGGUAAAGAAU